GAUGGUUGUCGAUGUUUACAUUUCAACUGUCAACCACUGUCAACAAUGUUUUAAUAUGAUCUUAGCUAAGGUUUUUUGUUGAGUUUUGAAGAACAAUUAUUAUAAUUUAGGCGCAAUGGGCGACAGCGACGAUGAAAAUGAUGGCCAGGAUGAAGGAGUUAACCUUACUGGGUUUCUCUUUGGAUAUAUCGACGAAUCUGGCGAGUUGGACAGCGAUGUUUUCGAUUAUGAUACUCGUAAACAAUUAGCUUCACUCGGAAAGUUAGGAUUAGGUUCGAUGUUAAAAGAAAUGAUUGAUGAAAAAGAUGAUAUGGAUAGUGAUGUUGAAUCAAAUAAUAAAUAUGAUGAUGAUAAUUUUUCUCACGAUGAUGAAGUAAAGAAGUUAGAUUUAGCUAUAGAUUACUCAGAUAUCAAUGAAUUAGCUGAAGAUGAAGGUGGACCCUUAAUCAAAAUUGAAGAUUACGAUGGAGAUGAUGAAAAAAUGGCUGAUGACAAAGAAUUAAUGCCUCCGCCACCAUUACCCAUUAAAAUGGAAUCAACAAAUGGUGAUUAUAGAUUGUUGACAGAAAAUGACUCGAAGAAAAAGUUAGAAACCCCAUUAGCUGCUAUGUUACCAUCAAAAUAUGCAAACGUUGAUGUCACUGAAUUAUUCCCCGACUUUAGACAUGGGCAAGUUUUAAGAUUUUCAAGAGUGUUUGGUCCUGGAAAACCUAGCAGUUUACCAAACAUUUGGCGCAAUGUUAAGAAAAAGAAGAAAAAAAGGAGAGCCAAAGAAGGUAGUACUGGUGGGCAAGAAUCUGAUUCUUCAACUGAAGAAGAUAAACCAAAAAAUAGAGGAUGGCACUUUGAUUAUGCCCAAGUGACACCUGAACAAUGCAAAAGUGAUGAUGAAGAAAAGUUUUUAAAACCUAUCGAAGCAUCUUCAGCUGAAAAUAAACAGGAAGCAUUGGCUAAAGAUGAUACAGGGCCUAAAGCUGCUGAUUGGAGAUUCGGUCCUGCUCAGAUUUGGUAUGAUAUGUUGGAGGUUCCUGAAAGUGGAGAUGGAUUUAAUUAUGGAUUUAAAUUAAAAGAUUCUCAAGUUGAAAAGAAUCCUCCAGAACCUGUUGAAGCAGAACCAUUUCCUGAUGAUGCAUUUUUAAUGGUAACACAGUUGCAUUGGGAAGAUGAUGUUGUUUGGGAUGGAAAUGAAAUUAAAAUGAAAGUUCUCCAGAAAUUAAAUUCAAAAAGUAAUGCAGCUGGUUGGGUUCCAAGUAGUGGAAAUAGGACUGCACAGGCAUUUAGUCAACCAGGUAAAGGUGGUGCUAUUCCAGGAAGUACUGUCAGAGUACCUCCAAUUCCUGCUCCACCUUUACCAGGUGCCAAACCUUCAAAAUCGCAGUCAUUACUUCCUAAUAAACAAAGACAAGAACAGGAACAAGAUGAUACAUGGUACUCAAUUUUCCCUGUAGAAAAUGAAGAUUUAGUUUAUGGGAGAUGGGAAAACGACGUUAUUUGGGAUGCGGAAAACAUGAAUCAAAUCCCAAAACCAUCAAUAUUAACUUUAGAUCCUAAUGAUGAAAACAUAAUUUUAGGAAUUCCUGAUGAUAUAGAUCCAUCAAAACAAAUUGCAGGUCAACCAACACCUGUUAAAGUUAAAAUUCCGCAUCCUCACGUCAAAAAAUCGAAAAUUCUGCUGGGAAAAGCUGGAGUAAUUAAUGUUUUACAAGAGGAUACUCCUCCACCUGCACCAAAGUCUCCAGAUAGAGAUCCUUUUAAUAUUUCGAAUGAUAUAUAUUACAUGCCAAAAUCAUCAGAAACCACAUUACGAUUAAAAGUUGGAGGUGGAAAUCUUAUUCAACACUCAACACCUGUUGUUGAAUUAAGAACACCGUUUAUACAAACUCAUAUGGGCCCAAUGCGUUUAAGAAAUUUCCAUCGCCCACCCAUGAAGAGGUUUUCACAUGGACCUUUGGCUUCACCUGGUCCGCAUCCAGUUAAUCCUUUAUUAAAACAUAUUAAGAAGAAAGCUAAGCAACGAGAAGCUGAAAGAUUAGCAUCUGGUGGUGGUGAUGUAUUUUUCAUGCGCACAGCUGAUGAUUUAACAGGGCGUGAUGGAGAUUUAAUUCUAGUGGAGUUUUGUGAGGAGCAUCCACCACUUAUUAAUCAAGUGGGAAUGUGCUCAAAAAUAAAAAAUUAUUACAAAAGAAAAGCUGGAAAAGAUACUGGACCACCUACAUAUAAAUAUGGUGAAACUGCUUAUGCUCAUACAUCCCCAUUUUUGGGAAUUUUGUAUCCUGGACAAAGUAUCCAAGCGGUUGAAAAUAAUAUGUAUAGAGCUCCAAUUUAUGAACAUAAAAUCCCAGAAACAGAUUUCUUAAUAAUAAGAACAAGACAACAAUAUUACAUAAGAGAAAUUGAUGCUCUUUAUUGUGCUGGCCAAGAAUGUCCAUUGUAUGAAGUACCAGGUCCCAAUUCGAAAAGGGCCAACAAUUUUAUACGAGAUUUCCUACAGGUAUUUAUAUACAGGUUAUUUUGGAAAAGCAGAGAUAACCCGCGUCGUAUAAAAAUGGACGAUAUCAAAAAGGCGUUCCCCUCGCAUUCCGAAAGCAGCAUAAGGAAACGUUUGAAAUUGUGCGCUGAUUUUAAAAGAACUGGUAUGGAUUCGAACUGGUGGGUGAUCAAACCCGAAUUUCGACUUCCAACCGAAGAGGAAAUUCGAGCGAUGGUCUCGCCCGAGCAAUGUUGUUCGUUCUUUAGUAUGGUAGCCGCCGAACAACGAUUAAAAGAUGCCGGAUACGGCGAAAAAUUUUUGUUCACACCCGCAGAAGACGACGACGAAGAAAUGCAACUCAAAAUGGAUGACGAAGUCAAAGUAGCACCUUGGAACACUACAAGGGCUUACAUUCAAGCAAUGAAAGGAAAAUGUUUAUUACAAUUAACUGGCCCUGCUGAUCCUACAGGAUGUGGCGAAGGAUUCAGUUACGUUAGAGUUCCAAAUAAGCCAACACAAAGCAAAGAAGAGCAGGAAUCCCAACCAAAAAGAACCGUAACUGGAACAGACGCUGAUUUAAGAAGACUCUCAUUAAAUAACGCCAAAGCUUUAUUAAGAAAAUUUGGAGUUCCCGAAGAAGAAAUUAAAAAAUUAUCUAGAUGGGAAGUUAUUGAUGUCGUUAGAACAUUAUCAACAGAAAAAGCUAAAGCAGGCGAAGAAGGAAUGGAUAAAUUUUCAAGAGGAAACCGAUUUUCGAUCGCUGAACACCAAGAAAGAUACAAAGAGGAAUGUCAAAGAAUAUUCGACUUGCAAAAUAGGGUUUUGGCAAGCGCGGAAGUUUUGAGUACUGAUGAAGGUGAAAGCUCUGAGGAAGAUAGCGAUGAAGAUAUCGAAGAAAUGGGAAAGAAUAUUGAGAAUAUGUUGGCUAAUAAAAAAACAAGUACUCAAUUAUCACGUGAAAGAGAAGAACAAGAACGACAAGAGCUUAAAAAAAUGAUUAUGGAAAGUGGUGAUGACAAAAAAGGCAAAGAUAAAAAGAUAAAAGAGGAAGAUGAUAACCCAGAUAACGUAAAUUACGCUCAACAAGGUCGUGUAUUAAAAAUUAUAAGAACCUUCCGAGAUCCAGAGGGAAAAGAAUACACCCGUGCUGAAUACGUUAGAAAAGCAGCUGUAAUCGACGCGUACGUAAAAAUAAGAACAACUAAAGACGAUCAAUUCAUCCGACAAUUUGCGACAUUGGAUGAAGCCCAAAAAGAAGAAAUGAAACGGGAAAAACGUCGUAUUCAAGAACAACUUAGAAGGAUUAAAAGAAACCAAGAAAGGGAACGUUUGGCUUUAGGUGGUAGUCAUAGUACGAAUUCUAAUUCUCUUGGAAGUAGAGAGCAAUUAGAUAUAAAACCCAUCACUUUAGAAGGUCCGUCUACACCACAUCCUACACCAAGUACAAGUAAACCUUUAUUAUCGCCACCGAAAUCUCGUCGAAAAACAAAAUUAAAACCAGAUUUAAAAUUAAAAUGCGGCGCUUGCGGUAAUGUUGGUCACAUGAGAACUAAUAAAGCGUGUCCUUUGUAUCAAAACAGCGGAUCCACGAUUCCAUUAAAUGUAGCUAUGACGGAAGAGCAAGAAGAAGAAAUUGAAAAGCAAUUAAAUACUGACGAUGAAGAUUUAGUUAAUGUUGAUGGGACGAAAGUUAAGUUAUCCGGUAAAGUUCUUAAGCAUGCUGAAGAAAUAAAAAGAAAAACAUUAUUACUAAAGGUGCCAAAAGAUGCAAUGGGAAAUAGAAAAAAACGUCGAGCAACAUCGGACCUUCAUUGUGAUUAUUUAAAACGUCAUAAUAGGCCAGCUAAUAGAAGACGAACGGAUCCUGUUGUUGUUUUAUCAACAAUUUUAGAAAGUAUACUAAAUGAAUUAAGAGAUAUGCCUGAUGUUCAACCAUUUUUAUUCCCUGUUAAUCCAAAAUUAGUAAUGGAUUAUUAUAGAAUAAUACAUAGACCCAUGGACCUUCAAACUAUAAGAGAAAAUCUUCGCCAGAAAAAAUAUCAAAGUCGCGAAGAAUUUUUAGCAGACGUUAAUCAAAUCUUGGAAAAUUCUACUUUGUAUAACGGUGUAAAAAGCAGUUUAACAAUGGCCGCGCAAAGAAUGUUAGAUAAAUGCGUGGAACGUUUAGCUGAGAAAGAAGAUCGUCUGAUGCGACUCGAGAAAGCUAUCAAUCCUUUACUAGACGAUGACGAUCAAGUCGCUUUAACGUUUAUAUUAGAUAAUGUAAUCAACACUAAACUAAAAACGAUGCAAGAAUCGUGGCCAUUCUUGAAACCGGUUAAUAAAAAAUUAGUAAAGGAUUAUUACAACAUAAUAAAAAGACCAAUGGAUUUGGAUACAAUUGCGAAAAAAGUUGCAACCCACAAAUAUCAUAAUCGACACGAAUUUUUAGUUGAUGUUCAACAAAUUCUUGAAAAUUGUACUUUGUAUAAUGGAAAAGAUUCGCCGUUUACACAAAAAGCAGAGUUAUUGGUUAAAGUUUGUAAGGUUACAUUAGAUGAGUAUGAUGAACAUCUCACCCAAUUAGAGAACAAGGUCUCUUUAGCUCAAGAAAGAAUAUUACAAGAUGAUGAUCAAACGUGGAUGGGGGGAGAUGAAGAAAAUUACACUAUAGCUGAACCAGAUCGAGCAAGUCAAACAAGUUCUCCAGAUUUACAUAAACUUCAUUCAGAAGAUAUGGAAUAUGUUGAUGUUGAAGGUGCCGCAAUCGAUGAUCCAGACAGUUUACAACCGAAAAUUCGUAAAGGACGUGGUAGACCUAAGAAGAAAACGGCAGCAACCCUUGAAGAAGAUUUACAAUUUUCAAGUGAAGAAGAAUUAGAUGAAGUUCCAUUAACUGAAUUUGAAGAUACUAAAGCGGGAAUUUUAAUUGAUGCGGAAAUGCCGGGUGCUGAUGAUGACAGUCAACAAGCUGCUGAAGCUAUGGUGCAAUUGGGUACAAUGGGUUAUUACCAUCAAACUGAUGGAGAUGGUGAAACUGAGGCUCUAAUCUAUAAAGAAGAAAGUCUUGAUGUUGAUCCAAAUUACGAUCCAUCAGACUUUUUAAUGGCGGGAUUACCACAACAUCGUCAAUUAGAACCAAUUAAAGAAUCUACUUCUGAUCCGGUCUAUUUAACAAUUAAAGAUGAUUUAGCUGUUAGCGAAAGCGAUGAAGAUUUAACCAACUUAAAUUCAUCACAGCCAAUACAGGAAGAUGAUGACGUUGGGGAUGUUUGGUUUUAA